AUGAGUCCUCCACUGCUCAAGCUUGGUGCUGUUCUUAGUACCAUGGCAAUGAUCUCUAACUGGAUGUCCCAAACUCUUCCAUCUCUGGUAGGACUAAAUACCACCAGACUGUCCACUUCAGAUACUCUAGUAAGUAGCUCUGAUGUAUUCAUAUUUCAAUCCCCCAAAGAAGGAUGGCAAGUGUAUAGUUCAGCCCAAGACCCAGAUGGCCGAUGCAUUUGUACUGUAGUUGCACCAGAACAAAAUUUAUGUUCCAGAGAUGCCAAAAGUAGGCAACUUAGACAACUGCUAGAGAAGGUUCAGAAUAUGUCCCAAUCUAUUGAAGUUUUAAACCUACGGACUCAGAGGGAUUUCCAGUAUGUUUUAAAAAUGGAAACACAAAUGAAAGGGCUGAAGGCUAAGUUUCGGCAAAUUGAAGAUGAUCGGAAGACAUUAAUGACAAAGCAUUUUCAAGAGUUGAAGGAAAAGAUGGAUGAGCUGUUGCCAUUGAUCCCAGUUCUGGAACAGUACAAAACUGAUGCCAAGUUAAUCACCCAGUUCAAGGAGGAAAUUAGGAAUCUGUCAGCAGUUCUCACUGGGAUUCAGGAAGAAAUUGGUGCUUAUGACUAUGAGGAACUACACCAGAGGGUGCUCAGUUUAGAAACCAGACUUCGAGACUGCAUGAAAAAACUCACAUGUGGCAAAUUGAUGAAAAUUACAGGCCCCAUUACAGUCAAGACCUCUGGAACCCGAUUUGGAGCCUGGAUGACAGAUCCUUUAGCAUCAGAAAAGAAUAACCGAGUCUGGUACAUGGACAGUUAUACUAACAAUAAAAUUGUCCGUGAAUACAAAUCAAUCACAGACUUUGUCAGUGGGGCUGAAUCAAGAACAUACAAUCUUCCAUUCAAAUGGGCAGGAACCAAUCAUGUUGUCUACAAUGGCUCCCUCUAUUUCAACAAGUAUCAGAGUAACAUAAUCAUCAAAUACAGCUUUGACACAGGACGGGUGCUUGCACAGCGUAGCCUGGAAUAUGCUGGCUUUCACAAUGUGUACCCCUACACUUGGGGCGGCUUCUCAGAUAUUGACCUGAUGGCAGAUGAAAUUGGGCUGUGGGCCGUAUAUGCUACCAAUCAGAAUGCAGGCAACAUUGUUAUCAGCCAGCUAAACCAGGAUACGUUAGAAGUGAUGAAGAGCUGGAGUACAGGCUAUCCAAAGAGAAGUGCUGGGGAAUCCUUCAUGAUCUGUGGAACUUUGUAUGUUACCAACUCACAUUUAACAGGAGCCAAGGUCUACUAUUCUUAUUCCACGAAAACCUCCACUUAUGAGUAUACAGACAUUCCGUUCCAUAAUCAGUACUUUCAUAUAUCCAUGCUUGACUACAAUGCAAGAGAUAGAGCUCUCUAUGCCUGGAAUAAUGGACAUCAGGUCCUGUUCAAUGUCACCCUUUUCCACAUUAUUAAGACUGAAGAUGACACAUAAACUUGUCUCUCCCCCUCCUCCACGCACACUUCAAAAGUGUCAUUUGUGAUAAACUCUAAAACAUCCUUCUGGAUUUCUUUUUAUUUAAGUUCUUUUUCAUUAAAAAAUGAAAGCAUUUUCUACUGUGCAAUGUGUUCCAAAUAUGGCUGAGCCUGUCAAAAAUGACCUGUUGGAAAUACAAGCAUCCUAACUCUUGAAAAAACAAGGCCUGCCAUGACCUUGUCAUGAAAAGCACUAAAGAGGGUUUAAGUGGCUAAAGACAGUUUUAAAAAGAUUAUGAUCUGCCUUAUAUUAGAGUCAGAGACUAAUGGUGGCUUAAAUGCAUGAAUGUCUUUUUUUACCUUAUGUCUUUUUUUAAUCUGUCUAUUGCUCAAAAUCAGGAAAUAUUUUGGUAGCAAUCUGAAGCAUAAUGCACAUUAUUCUUAUUUAUUCCAAGAGAAA